AUGCACCCGCGGGAUGGAUCUGCCGGCGGCCGUCGCCUUAUCUGCCGACGCUCGGACCCAGGAAGUGUCCCCCACGCCGAGUUGUGCUUUCACUACAUUCUUCCUCCACCACCCUUCUCCGAGAUCAAUGGGCCGUUCAUGAUUUUCCCUUCAGCGAGGCGAGUAACAGGCCGAGUCUGGACCUCGGCCAGCAGUUACAGUACGUCAAAUUCCAAUAUGCCGGCGGACUCGUCUGCGUUUCCUGAAGAUCCGCUGAGCGCCAACCCCGUGGACUUAAAGCUCGCAGCUAACACCGAUACUUCUCUCCCAACAGACGUCCUCCGUCCUCAAACGUUACACAAAUAUAGCACCGAAGCUGCGCCACAGCAUGAGAAUUUGAUCCCACGAAAGCGCCCGCAGUUUCGCGACUACUUUGUUACACAUCUGCCCUCCUCUUCGCUUCAUCCGGAUCCCCGAGGGCCAACCUCUCCUUUUCAUAAACUCCCUCGCUCAGCUUCAAUACCACAUACCGGAGAUACCCCACAGUCACCAACUUCGUUCCAGAACCUGGUAGAUCGAGAGACAACUGUCGUUCGAAUUCCAUUGCGCAGCGCUAAACACCACUUUGGAGCCGUCACUGCUCGCGGCACUCGCCCUUACAAUGAAGAUACCUACCAAGCUGGCGUGAUCGAUGUCCCUGCCUUUGCGAAGCGACCCCCAGCGUCACUUACAAUUAAUCGCAGCCGGAAUCCGGCGACCCAGGCUCGCUCCGCGCGCGCGGCGGAGACAGCGAGCGGGGAUCCGCAAGUCUUUUACUUUGGCAUAUUUGACGGGCAUGGCGGGUCGGAGUGCAGCUCAUUCCUGCAGGACAAUCUGCACGAAUACAUCCAAAAUGCCGCGGCUGAAUUUGAGCUUCGGUCCAGUCUUCGGACAAACCAGCUGCAGGCGAACGGUGAAAUGCCAACUGCGGCAACGGCAUCAUUGCCAGUGAUGCAGGAGGCCGAUCGACGCCGAAUUGGAGACCUGGAAAAGAACCUCGUCCAAAAUUGGAGGCGGCUAGUUGGCGGCUAUUUCAAACGAUUCAAGCCGCCGCAUUUUUCCUAUUACGGGUCCGACAACUCCGCCGACGGUGCUGCGCCCACAGGAUACGUCUCCAUCGAAGAAAUCAUGGAGUAUGCUUUCCUGCGCGCAGACCUGGAUUUUGUCAAAGCGCAAGCAGCCAAACGCGAUGAUGAUAUGGUCCAGGCCGAAAAACCUCUUAACGAAGAUGAAAUCCUUCAUAGCCCUAGUUUGACCCGGACCCCGAAGAUUGGUGGCCGCUCGCGCUUCAAGGGAGGUAGUACUGGAAGUAUUGCUAUGAUCUCCACCCCCACCCCGACGCCGUUCUGGCACCCCAUCGGUCCGUCCAGUCUGCUGGUGUCCCACGUAGGCGACACGAGGGUCCUACUCUGCUCCACCACUAGUGGUGAAGCUAUUCCGCUUACUUCCAACCACCACCCAUCAUCUCCCAUUGAAGCCGGCCGACUGCGACGAUAUGCAGCCACGUUCGUGACUGACUCCUUCGGCGAGGAACGCAUGAGUGGGCUAGCCAACACCCGUGCCUUCGGCGAUGUUCAAUCCAAGCGCAUUGGUGUCUCUGCGGAGCCCGAGCUACGGCGCGUGGAAAUGGGCCCCGCCGAAUUCUCGUUCCUGGUGAUGGUCUCGGAUGGCAUUAGCGGCACUCUACUGGAUCAGGAGAUCGUUGACAUCGUCAAAGAAGCCCGCACUCCGGAGCAGGGCGCCCGCGAUGUGGUCAGCUUUGCCACUGAGGUGACCAAGGAAGGUGACAAUGCCACCUGCCUGGUCAUUCGACUGGGAGGAUGGGAGCGUCGCCUGGAAGGCGGUGUCGGCAGCCUUGGAACUAAGGAGUCUCGCGAGUGGCGGCGACAGGAAUCCACUGAUCCGCGCAGGUCACGGACGUGA